UAGUCACUACUCCGGAGAGAAUCAGAACAAUGUCCUACGUUUUUGUAAACGACUCUUCCCAGACAAAUGUGCCGCUGCUGCAGGCUUGUAUUGAUGGAGAUUUUAACUAUUCCAAACGACUGUUAGAGAGUGGUUUCGACCCAAACAUUCGUGACAGUCGAGGCCGAACUGGCCUUCACCUUGCUGCAGCCAGAGGAAAUGUAGACAUCUGUCAACUCUUGCAUAAAUUUGGUGCUGACCUACUAGCCACUGAUUAUCAAGGUAACACAGCCCUUCAUCUGUGUGGGCAUGUGGAUACCAUCCAGUUCCUAGUUUCUAAUGGACUUAAAAUUGAUAUUUGCAAUCACCAAGGUGCAACACCGCUUGUUCUUGCAAAACGAAGGGGUGUGAAUAAAGAUGUGAUUAGACUGCUGGAAUCUUUAGAGGAGCAAGAGGUGAAAGGAUUUAACAGAGGAGCUCACUCAAAGCUGGAAACGAUGCAAACUGCUGAAAGCGAAAGUGCGAUGGAAAGCCAUUCCCUCCUUAAUCCAAACCUACAGCAAGGUGAAGGAGUUCUUUCCAGUUUCCGCACAACAUGGCAAGAGUUUGUGGAAGACCUGGGCUUCUGGAGGGUGCUGCUCCUGAUAAUUGUCAUUGCUCUUCUGUCGCUUGGAAUAGCGUACUAUGUUAGUGGGGUGCUUCCUUUUGUAGAAAACCAGCCUGAAUUGGUGCACUGAAGCAAACGCAAAGUUGUGCACUGUGCUUUUCCCUGUUCUGAUCUUAUUUUGAGCUUCUUGGAAUUAUUCUCUUGGUGCAGGCAGUGGCAGCUGUAUAUACUGUUUGCCUUUUGUACUUAUUAUUAACCCCUUUGAAAGAGGGAUUAGUUCAUUUCAAGUAAAACACUAAAUUCGAAAGCAUUCCUAAAGCUACCUCUGGCUUUAUCUUGACUUGCAAGCAAGAUGUGAAGAUAAUCCUCUCUGUUGAUAAAAUAGUAUGAUUAGAAAAGGCUUUUCAUAAUGAAUAUUAAAUUCCUGGGCAUGAAAAAUAUGUCCUAGUACAGAACCAAUUUGACUUAUUUUCCCUAUGAAGAGAGGUAAAUCUAUUGUUGCAUUUUUUGU